AUGACCAUGAUGAACGCGCUCUGGUCGAGAAGCACCUCCUCUUCCGGCGACAGCGCAGAGAAAAGCGCCAAACCGGCCAGCGAUGCAGUGAGCACCACUUCCGAACAAGUGGCCGAUCUCUCGGACAGGCCAAAUGCGCCAGCCCUACCAGCUCGCCCGGCCCUCCACAGAAACCAGCCUUCGGCCCCUCCUCCAGCAGCACCGUCGAACCCUCCGCCGCCAGUGCCCUCCGGUGCUGGCUCCGGCAACGCCAACAAUGCGUCGGCGCAACCCCAGGACUCCCUGUCUCUAGCCCAACUACGAAGGAUCGUUGCCGAGUUCCCCAAGUCCGAGCCGAUCGCCUACGACUAUGUCUACACUGAUGUGGGCCCCAUCGAGGAGGAGGUGGACGAGUGGUUCCUCUAUAACUUCUGGCAAUGGGUGCGCCUGAACACGGCCAACCGGGCCUUUGACAGCACAUGGGAAAGCAUGUUCGGGGAGGACGAGACCUGGGACAGUGUCGGAGACGACGACAGGCAGAGGUUCGUGCGGAACGCCGUCCAACAGUUGCAGACGUCAACCGACAAGACGGCCCGCGGCGAGGCUAUCGGCACGCUCGUGUACAUAGUGUUGGGACGUUGGGCCGAGACUGUCAAGGCAGCGAGCCUGCCCAAUUUUGCGGACCACAAGGUCAGGUCCGCCGCCACCAAGGAGCAGCUGGAUGCCAUGAAGGCAGGCGUCAAGCUGCUGGCUGAGUGUGGUGGCAUCCCUCCCAUGUGGGAUGCGCUGAGGAAGGCCUUCGAGCCAUUCUGGGCGGACGACGGAGACGUUGGCCAGAUAGUGCAGGCCUAUGCCGAGGAGCUGAUGCAUUUGAUGACCAUUUUGUACAUCUCUUUGCAAACGACGCUAGACGACCUUGAGGAUAUGGCCUCGGCCCGCAAGGAACUACUUGCACUCAACCCGAAUCUGGUUCACUUCAUGUUGCAUGCCACGGCAAAACUUCGAUGGGACGAUAGGAACAUUCUCCCCCAAACCCAGGUCGGUUCAACUACCUUUGGAAUCCCGGGCGCGGCCAACCAACAUCGAAUGCUCAUGAGUUCCCAGGUUUUCCUUUUGUUCUGGAAGUCACUUCUCCUUGUUUUCGGCGGUUCCAAACACAUCGCGGAGGCCAAAAAGGCUACGGCAGAAACACCUUCCGACGUUAAGGACAAGGAAAUUAUUACUGCUUCCCCGCUCGAUUACCAUGUGUUCCGGCAAGAGAUCACAUCCAAGUAUCCGUCAUAUAUCCCGCCCCAAUGUGCCAUUCCCCUCGAGGCAGAGCAGACGUCAAUCCUUCCUCCGCUACCUAACCACCCAACCAGGAACAAUGGACAAAACGGUAUCCUUCCCGGCCCACCAAACCAGAGCGCCUCCGCCUCGAUUCUCCAUCAGCCGGUUCACAUCGCGACUCCUGCGCCCUCCCCUCCUCCGAGCCCGGGUGUCGGUGGUAAAGGUGGUAAGAAGCAAAACUACCAGACUAACCAAAACUUUCCGUUUAUGUAUCCGCCCUUGGACGCCACCAGCAACAGCGCUGGCGGAAAGGGAGUUGCCGGACUACAGGACCUGUUGGUAGGCAGGAAGUGGGAGGGAAGCGAUGUUCCCGCCUCCAUUAUCGAAGCUGGCGAACUAUUCUCCACGCGAACCAGGAUGACACGAGCUACCAGGCAGCUCUGGGAAGAGCGCGAGAGAUUCCUCAAGUUUGAGCGUGGAUGGGAAGGUGUCGAUGAGGACCUCAUUGACGAACUUGAUCUCUCAGAACUUACACUUGAGGAGAAGGAGGAGCUGGGCUUACUGAAGGAGAGCGACAAGAAAAAAGAUAAGCUCGGCCACGAAAUUGACUUGGGACCACGGCCUGUGGAUGAUGAUAUCAAACAUCGUCUUGAGGCCGUCGAGGAGUUCUAUAAAGAGGCUCUCCCUCAUCUGCAGUCACUAGUCAUUGUGCUGCUGAAGGCGAUUGUUGCUAUCGCCAGCAGUCUAGUUCAGCCGCAACCUGGACAGCAAAAUCCUGGUGCCCCGCAGAACAAUGGGCGUGUUAGCGGAGGGCCGCCCCAGGGUCGGGGUCAAAGUAAUGGCAACAAUGCUGGCAACGACCCUCCCUCCCCCUCGGAUGACAAUGUAGAUGAGGCUAGGAGCAGAGAAAUUGCGGCGAAGGCCGUGACAGGUAUCAUGAUCCUAUUGUUGAAGUGGCUAAAGCUGUCUCAUAUCCUCAAGUUCGAGUACUUCACACAGCUACUCUUGGACUCUAAUUAUCUUCCUCUAGUGCUGAAGCUGUUUGCUCUGCAUGAUGUGCAGCAGGUGGUUGAGAGCAAGACCGACAGGAUAGAGCACAGUUUCUUCUACUUCUGUGGUUCCCGUGCCGGCGCAAUUCCCCAGCAGGGUCUUAUCAACCCAACCGCGACCGACUUCGAAGACGUUGAUGUGAGCGAAGACGAAGCGGCGCCUCCCGCCAUUAAGAGAAACCGUUCACCUCCUGGCGCAGAAAAGGGAGGACCACCCGACGCUUCAUCCCAAUACAUAUCCUCGCAACCGCCCCAACAACAACAAUCAGAAAACUCGGGCGUCCCCAGCCGCCCCGAGGUCGACGAACUCGGCUACCCCGUCAACCCGCUUCCCAAAGAGCCCAUCACCGACUUCUCCCGCCGCAACUUCUUCUCCCUGAUCAAUUACCUGCGCGUGAUGCAGAAAAUCUGCAAGCACAAGGCCCACCGCAACCUCCUGCUGGUGCACUACAAGUCCUCCAACAUCCUGCGCAAGUCCCUCAAGGUGCCCCAGCAGGAACUCCGCCUCUACACGCUCAAGCUCUUCAAGAACCAGGUCCCCUACUGCGGCCGCAAGUGGCGUCAGUCCAACAUGCGUGUCAUCACCGCUAUCUACCUGCACUGCCGCCCUGAGCUGCGCGACGAGUGGCUAUCGGGCUCGGAUGUCGACGCCGAGGUCGAGGAGGCGCUGCCGCUCGAGCAGGCGCUCAGGAGCCUGACGCACUGGUUCAACGUGCAGCGGUAUCCCGAAAGGAUGGGCGCCGAGGUGACAGCGGCGAUGAGGGAGGAGAGAGAUUUUUUCACGAGGGAGCUGGAGAAGAGUGAUUGGAUGGGAUGGGAGGGGAUCAUGGCUGGAGGAGGGAUGGGGAUGGAUGGUGCUGGUGGUGCUGAGCCGAUGAUGGGGAUGCCCGGAAUGGGAAUGGGCAUGGGAAUCGGUGGAUUGCCCGGUAUGGGAGGCAUGGCGGGGAUUGAGUAUGCGGCUGCUGCUGCGGCGGCGCAGACGGAGCAUGAGAGCUCGAUGGGGUGGAGUUAGGGUUCCUUACUUGACCAUGAUCUUUCUGCUCUGGGCGAAAUUAUGAUUGAAUUGAAAGAAUCGGGUAUAGGGUUUGAUGCUGACACUAUCAUGCGUCUCGCUUCAGCACGCAUUGGGACGUUGAGGGCCUUGGAGGCGUUGAGGCACAUAGGGGAGGAGAGACGGAUUUGGGUAAGGGGGCGAGGAUGGCGGACCUUCUCCGUUGAAGAUUAAUUGAUGUUAUAUAGUCAAGUGGAUGCGACGAGGAUGUCAAUCAUCCCGCAGCGUUCUCCUAACACCUUGAGGUCUCCAGCGGAACUAUUGAUUGGGAAUUAGUUGUAACAUCAGUCACACUGGUUAUUAUUAUGUUCGCUAAUUGUUCAGAGAGCCGAGGCGGACAGCACGGACUAACUUCUGAUCUGCUUUCAUUGGGACUGAAAGUCCAUGGCUAAUGUUAUUAGGCCAAGCUACAUCUGACAUAAUGAAGGGG